AGAGGAAAGCUCUGGCAUUCGAACAUAUACUCUUUUUGUAGGGUGAUGUGGCUGAUACUGGCUUCUACCAUCUGCUUUCCUAUUGCAGCCUGUUUCUCCAACCUGCAGAGCACAAACCAGCCUUUCUUUUCUUCUGGAUUGUUAAAGCCAUUCACAUUUAUCCUGCAUGGCAAUGAAUUAUAGUCCGUUUUAAGGAAUCUUUUGUGCUUCUGUGUGUAUUCCUACAGCAGAAAAAGUGCAUGAGAAAGGAGCUUGAGCAGCCAGUAGUAUAGUAGCUGGCUCACCCGUAUGGAUUAGACUCGUGAGGACAAUAACGAUGGGGGCUCGAGCGACUGAAACAACUCGGGAACUGGAAAGCGCCUCUGCAAAGUAUCAAAUAGGAGGACAUGCAGAGAAAAUGUGGCAACGGCUCAAAGGAAUAUUAAGAUGCUUGGUAAAGCAGUUGGAGAAGGGUGACAUUAAUGUGGUGGACUUAAAAAAGAAUAUUGAAUAUGCAGCAUCUGUCCUGGAGGCCGUUUAUAUUGAUGAAACCAGGAAGCUUUUGGACACUGAGGAUGAACUCUCUGACAUCCAGUCGGAUUCGGUCCCGCUGGAAGUGCGGGACUGGUUAGCUUCUACAUUCACGAGAGAGAUGGGAAUAGCGAAGAGGAGAUCUGAAGAAAAGCCCAAAUUCCGAAGCAUUGUGCAUGCUGUACAGGCUGGGAUUUUUGUAGAAAGGAUGUACCGAAGAACUUCAAGCAUGGUUGGUUUGGCUUACCCAUCAGAAGUGAUAGUCACAUUUAAGGAUGUUGAUAAAUGGUCUUUUGACGUAUUUGCCCUAAAUGAAGCAAGUGGAGAGCACAGUCUGAAAUUUAUGAUGUAUGAGCUGUUUACCCGAUAUGACCUUUUGAACCGUUUCAAGAUCCCUGUUCCCAAUCUUAUUUCAUUUGCUGAAGCUCUUGAAGUUGGCUACAGUAAAUACAAAAAUCCAUAUCACAAUUUGAUCCAUGCAGCUGAUGUUACUCAAACUGUGCAUUACAUAAUGAUUCACACUGGUAUCAUGCACUGGCUCACAGAACUGGAAAUUUUAGCAAUGAUCUUUGCAGCUGCCGUCCAUGAUUAUGAACAUACUGGGACCACAAACAAUUUUCAUAUUCAGACAAGGUCAGAUGUCGCUAUAUUGUACAAUGAUCGUUCUGUUCUUGAAAAUCAUCAUGUAAGUGCUGCUUAUAGACUCAUGCAAGAAGAAGAGAUGAACAUCCUGGGUAAUUUAAACAAAGAUGACUGGAGGGAGUUGCGUAGCUUGGUCAUUGAGAUGGUCUUGUCUACAGAUAUGUCGGGUCACUUUCAACAAAUUAAAACGAUGCGACACACUCUACAGCAGACACAGGGGGUAGACAAAGCCAAAGCCAUGUCUUUGAUUCUACAUGCAGCAGACAUAAGCCAUCCAGCAAAAUCCUGGGAACUGCACUACCGGUGGACCAUGGCCCUGAUGGAAGAAUUUUUUCGACAGGGAGACAAAGAAGCUGCUUUAGGUCUUCAGUUUUCCCCACUCUGUGACCGCAAGUCCACUUUGGUCGCUCAGUCCCAAAUAGGUUUCAUUGAUUUCAUUGUAGAACCAACAUUUUCUCUUCUUACGGACUCAAUGGAGAAAAUUGUUAUGCCUCUUAUAGAGGAAGCGUCAAAAUCUGAAAGUCCUGCAUUUGGGACCCCCAGCCAAAAUAGUUUGGGAGCAGUAAGCAAUGCUGAAGCACAAAGACGACCUGGUUUUAAAAGCACAGGUGAUGGAGGGACUCAUGCAGAAAAUUCUCUAGCAACUGUAGACCUAAGGAGCUUUAAGGACAACUUGAUGAAGAUCAUUCAAGCAAACAAAGAAAGAUGGAAAGAAUUAGCAGCAGAAGAACUUGUGAAAAAUGUUGGUGAACAGGAAAAAGACCAAAGCAGAAAUUCCACAGAUGCACAGUUACAGGAAGAGACAACAAAGAUACAAAAUGAGAGUAGUCAGGGAAGUGAUGGUACAACCUGUCCUCCCAGAUCCAUCGUCCUACAAGUAGUCUCUUUCGACACUCCUCUGAGUGAUGAACCCAGCUCAGAAAAGUGCACUAACUCUGAUCCGAACCAGAAAGAUCUCACCGAUGCCCAGCAAGAAACACAGAAUACAGACCCACUGAAUGGUAAUGCUUCAUCUCACAACACCAGCCAGUCUAAUGAAGCUGCCCAGGGCGAAGCUGCAGCAAUGUCUGGUGAGCCUAAACACUGUAAGAAGCCAGAAGAUAUGGUAAAAGCCACGGAGCAGAAAGAAGCACUGAUACAAAACUAGAUUUUCUAUUUCCUAAAAGCUUCUGACAUUUCAGGCAGGACAGGAGAAAAGAAGAACUCUAGCUGUUCCUACCUCGUGCUCUCAGAGGCUGUUAUCUGUCAACUUGUUCUUGGAUCAUCCUGUUUCUGUGGAAAGUGAAUGGACAAAUUGUUCAAAAGUGUAAAAUGUAAAACUCUGAGCUGGUAACUCAAGGCACUUAACAACUUGCAAGAUUUCAAUUGUAUUUGUUGUUGCUAUUUCCUCUUCUAUUCUGCUUUCUUAAAUUAGCCAAAAUAAUAUUUUCAGCCAAAGUUGGACCUUGCUUUGUUGCAUCACUGACAUCAAACAUUUCCAGUUAACCACAAGAUAUGUGAAAACACAACGUUAUCAUCUGCCUGGGAUUGCUGUUACAUGUCACUGCUGCUGGCAUCCAAUAAAAAUGGAAAGUCAAAAUGAAAUGUGUUUCUAAAUACUUGUUCAUGCAAUCAUACUGCAUGCAACAUAAAAGUCCUACUUGUUAGUUUCCUUAAAAUAUCUGGAAAUAAAUAUAUGUAGACUGUACAGAGAAGUUGUAGAAUUACACUGACCAGCCUGCAUAGAUGAUGAUUCUUCCCCACUGUGGUGGCUGCCAUAUGGACAGAACUGGUGUCAAACAAAGUAUUUGAAAUAUCUGAGCAUUUUGGAAGACAUCAGCAAUAGUGUCAGCCCUACCAUGAAGCUGGUGCUUAUUGUUUUGUAGGGUGGAAGAGACAGCGACAGGAAUACAUGAAAAUUGCUUCACUUCAGCAAUGUGUUGCCUCUCAGAAUUGAAAGGUGACACUGACGCCUUAUAUUGUGGUUUAUCUCAAAUGCAAAGUCAACAACAUGCAACCUGCAAAAUCUUCGCUAGCUUUUGUUUCUUUCUGAGGGGUGGCAAAACCAGAGCACAUGGACAGUUACCUUUGCAAGAAGCCUCAGAAGGAGCCCAGAAAGAAACUCCAUUUUCAUCUCCACUUCCCUGAAGCUGCAUGUGACCCCUCUAGACUUGCCUGGGUGUCCUGUGUGGCUGCAGCCAACCUCAUUUCCCUCUGCUGGAACCUGCCAGGAAACUUCCAGGCUCCCCUUCAAGAUGCAGGCUCUCAGGUGGCUCAGGUUGCUGCUCUUCCAGCUCUCUUUUUCGGACCCUGUGGUUAUUAUCUCACUGACCAAAAAGUGUUUAUAAUCAGCCAUGUUCUGCUCAGAAGAGGACUCAUGGGGCAGUGCCACUCCCCUCUGUGCAGAGGGUGAUUGAGCCCUACGUGUCAUUCAUCUACUGUUUCAGGGAUCUGAGUAGAGCUCAACAGGCAUCAGGCUCAACCUCAAAAAGGACACACUUUGCCCUAACUGAAGAAGGAAUCGUAAAACUAUCACCUUGGACUGAGGGACCCUUACAUGUUCAUACCUGUUGACUGUCUCUUUUCUGACAGUAGAGCAAUCAAAACUGAGCUGGGAACAGUGUAAGCUCUGAGCCGUGGGAUAAGAGCAUGCCAAAAGGUGGAAUUCCUGUCAUUGAAUAUGUAAGCCAUAUGCGUGCUAUGCAUAAGUAGUAUGCAUAGUUUUAACUUAAGAAAUGUUUGUGCAUAUAGGAUGUAAAAAAUGCAUUUAAAUUGUUUUGUGUAUCUGGUCCAGGGCUUGUAUUUAGCAUGGACAAAUUUCUGUACAGUGAAGUUAAUGAAUGAAAUGUUAACAAAUGAAAUUGUAUCAUAUAUGUUAUAAUGCAAUCAAUAUUUUUUGCUAAGAGUUAAGAAUUUAUAUAUUCUCUGCUAGUGUUUGAGCAAAUUAUUAGUAGCCUGGACCACUCCGUGCACCUUUGCAUCCUUUUUGGGAAUGUUGGACUCCUUUAUUUUCCUUUGUAAUAAAAUGUAAACCAUCUUAUGGCUUCUUAUUGUCCUUAUGACAAGAGAAGGAACAUAAUGGUCAUAUCAGACUUUUUUAAACUGCAAGUUGCCAUGUGCUGUGGCAGUGGAAAAUCUUUUUCAUUAAGAUUGGAGAACUUGGGACCUUAUUUCAGAUAAGCUGAGCAUCUACAGUUCCCAUCAAAUUUGAAAAGAACAAGAGAUGACUUUUAAAACUAGGCCAGUUAGGUAUUUGUUUGUUACUGACUGUUUUUCAACAUUGUAAUUUAUGAUUCACUUAGACUGAAAGUCUGGAACAAUCAGAAUUUGAUCUUUAUAUUGUGUUUUCAAUUCCAGACUUUUACCAUAGUUGAACUUGACUUUUUUUUCCUAUGUCUCUAUCCCAUUAUGAUUUAUUACUCUGCAAAAAUUUUCACCGGGAACUACAAGCAGAAAAUAGAAAAGAUUCUGCAGAGAACUUGAAACAUCCUGUGGGGCUCUCAGUGGCCCCAAGAUCUCCCACUGUAGAAGCUAGAAGGAGCCCCUGGUCUCACAGGAGGUAGACAUUGCCUGCAGAAUUCAUUCAUUAUUUGGAAGUGUGAUUUUUGUAUAAAUAAUCCUAUUUACUCAUUUGUAUUCAGUUUUAAUCACUGUGGUAGAUGUUAUUGAAAUACAAAAAGAGUGCUUAAUUUUUUGUUAAUACCAGAUGAUUCUCCUUCUUUCUUUCUUCCUUCUUUCCUUUAUUCUUAGCAAGAUUUUACAUGGACAUGACCCAAAGCUUGGUGUGUUGUUUGGAUGAGGAGAAAUUUUCUUUGGUGGAGAAGACUGAUAGAGCCAACAUGUGUUAGUUAAGGCUUUGACGUGGGGUGAAGUUUGUGUUUGGAUGGCAGAAAGGCUCCUUGAGAGAGCCUCUCCCUGAGCAGUAGUUUAUCUCUGAAACCUGCUAAUGCUGCUCCACCAAAACACUGCAUGGGGCCAUAAGGAAUGGUGUUUGUAUAUGCAUCUCUCCCACAGCAUUAUGGGCAUGUACCCUGCAUUGAGCACACUGAGGAGCUGUAGCUAUAGAUGAGUCCUCAAGAGUUUUAUUUUGUAAUUUUAUCUCUUGAGAUAUCUGACAGAUCUAUUAUGUAAUAUUGUUAUAGGUUAUGAUCUAGCCAGUAUUUUUUUAAUUUGAUUUUCAACACGGCAAUCUACAACUGUGUGUUUUUAUUCUGCUGUAUAUGUCCAUAUUUCCUAUGAUUAUCUUCCCAAAUAAAUUUGAUUUGAGGGCAA